AAAAAUACAACAAGUAUUUAACAACAAAGGGAGUAUUUGUAUGAUUAUACUUCCUCUGUUUUUUUUUAUAGUUGCAACACUUCUCUUUUCACGCUUGCCAAUGCAUGAUUUCAAUCGUUAAUAUCUUUAAUUAUCAAUAUGUAAAAAAUAUAAGCAUUUGAUAUUAAUAUAGUAUAAAUUGAGACGAAUCUAAUAACAUCUCACAUGACUAAAUUUUUGCUUAAGUAUAAAUCAUCAAACCUAAUCAAUGUGUACACACGAAUAGUGUAAAAGUCAAACUGUUGCAAUUAUGAAAAAAACGGAGGAAGUAUUACGACAAACAGAGGUAUGUCAAUCUAAUUAUGAUAUUUAUAUUAAAACAUAGAGAGUAUAUUCCUUAGAUCACAAAAACAAAAACAAAUUCAAAAAAAAAAAAAAAAAGAAGACCAUAGGUUAAUUUAAAAAAAAAAAAAAAAAAAAAGGUUAGUUUAAAAAUAGAGGAAAUGGACAAAAAAGAGCUGAGGAGAGUGAGAAACAGCGGGGGGAAUUACAUCAAAAUAAAAAAAAAUUCAAAUUAAAGGGUAUUCCUAUUCCCGUUUCCCAACAAUAGAUUCAAAUGGUUUGUCUUUAUUAUCCACAUUACUCAAACGUCACUAACACAAUGCGCGCAUUUCAUGCCAAAAAAUUCAAACCUAUAAACAUUUUUAAAUUGGAUCAUACAGUACACAUUCUUAAAUGCUGUAAUAAUUGUUUAAACCCUAAAAAAUAAACCAAAAUAUUAGAAACCCCAGAAAAAUUUAAACCCCUGUUUCAUGCAUUACAGCUGCUCUUUCCUCAUUUUCUUUCACUAUUCAUUUCUUGAUUUCUUUCCAAAUUUUGAAUAUUUUUACUUUCUCUGUCUUCUUUAAAGAGAAAGAGUAGAUCUUUCAUUAUCUUUUCCCAUUUAAUUUUUUUUUCCCCAGUUUCAAAUUAAAGAAUUUCAUCAUUUGAAGUGAAUAUCUUCAACAGUAAUUCGACUUUUAUCUCUUUCUUUAAUCUGCUGCAUUGGCCCAGGUUAUCAAUGGGUAGGAAUUUGAGUCCUGCAUUGCGACAAGAGUUAGCCAAGUUAAAAGAUGCAGACUGUAGGAGGUCUGCAAUGAAAGCACUGAAAUUGUAUGUAAAAGACAUGGACUCGAAAGCGAUUCCACUAUUUCUUGCUCAAGUUUCGGAGACUAAGGAUGCCGGUUCGUCGCCGGGGGAGUACACCAUUUCCAUCUAUGAAGUUCUUGCUAGGGUACAUGGGCCUAACAUUGUGCCACAACUUGAUAAUAUCAUGUCUUCUAUUAUUAAGACUUUGACUACUAGUGGAGGGUCAUUUCCUCUACAGCAGGCAUGUUCUAAGGUAGUUCCUGCAAUUGCUAGGUAUGGGAUUGAGCCCGCUACACCGGAAGAUAAGAAGCAACAGUUGAUCCAUUCGCUUUGUAAGCCACUUACAGAUGCUCUUUUGGGCUCUCAAGAGAGCCUGUCUUGUGGUGCUGCCCUUUGUUUGAAAGCCCUUGUGGAUUGUGAUAAUUGGAGGUUUGCUUCUGAUGAAAUGGUGAAUGAGGUUUGCUUAAAGCUAGCUAGUGCUUUGGAGGAUAAAUCGACACAAACGAAUUCUCAUAUGGGGUUGGUUAUGUCGUUGGCCAAGCGCAAUUGUCUUACAGUUGAGGCUUAUGCACGGCUGUUGAUAAGGGCGGGGUUGAAUAUCUUGAAUUGUGGCCUGACUGAGAAGAAUUCGCAGAAACGCUUGACAGCCAUUCAGAUGGUGCAUUCCUUGAUGAAAUGCUUGGAUAUUAGGAGUAUUUUUUCGGAGCUAGACUCGAUUAUAGUGGAGAUGGAGAAUUGUCAAUCUGAUCAGAUGCCAUAUGUAAAGGGGGCUGCAUUUGAAGCAUUGCAGACUGCUAAAAAACUAUUAGUAGAUCAAGGGUCUAAGAUCAGUUGUGAUGAGGUUUCAAUGACUGGUUCCAACUUCAGUAGGAGUAGUAAUAGCCGGAGACAGUUAUCAAGUCCUGGCAGUCAGUCACCGUUAUCUGUGUCACCCGAAUCACUGACCUUUGAUUCGUUUGGUGAGUCUUUCAUGGACUCGCCAAUGUCAAUGAGUCAAGCUUCGUGUAAUGGGAAUCAUAUCAGGAGAAAUUUCAACAGGAAACAAUGGAAUCAAGAAAAUGGAUAUGUGAAUGUAUCCCUAAAGGAUGGACUUUUCUCAGAACUUGCUCACGAAAGCAUCAGAUCUCAUGUGUCCUCAGAACAAGAUGAAGGUUCUGAUAGUAGAAGUUAUGCUAAUGGAUUUCCAGGGUUUACUCCUGGAACUCCAGUAAAUGGAUCACUGAGAAGCCGGCCUCAAAGUCCAUCGAAUGGAGCAUUCAGAAGGCAAGCUCAAAGUCCAGCAAACGGAGCUCUGAGAAGCCGACCACAAAGUCCAUCAAAUGUAGCAUUUAGAAGGCGAGCUCAAAGUCCAGCAAAUGGAGCUCUGAGAAGCCGACCUCAAAGUCCAGUAAACAAAACUCUGAGAAGCCGACCUCAAAGUCCAUCAAUGAGAAGCCAAACUCCCAGUCCUCAGAGGACGCGCUCUCAGAUAAAUCUCGAUUAUGUUAAGAUUUUUACUACUCCUAGGAAGCUUGUUCGUUCACUUCAGGAUAAUGAUGAGAAUUCAGACUACUAUGGGGAUCAAUCUAGAAGACAGAGAAGUCCUUGCUCAGCAAAUUGUGAAUGGAGCCCUGUAGUCAAGUAUAACCAAAGCAGUUGCUUAAAUAAAAAUAGGCCCCAAGAUGGCACUGGCAACAUAACAGAUGAAUGUGAAGAUCAUCAAAGUCAUUCUAUUUCAGAAUCAGUCUCAUCAACUCAAGACGUUUUGGCCAUGGCUAAUGGCGAUGUCUCUCUCAAAAUGUUACAUAGAGAUCAAAGUACAUCUGAGAAGAUUGUGAAAAUUCCUGGGCGGAACUUGCGGAAGAUGGCCACUUUGGUGUUGUUAAUCGUCCUGGUAUUUUCUUUAGGUUUUGCAUCAGUUUUAUUGCUAGGUGAUCAGGGUGAAUUCGUUGGAAUGGUUCCAACUUAGCUUCCUUAAUUUCCAAUGUAGCAUGAUUAGUUGUCAUGAGAAAACAGCAUUAUUUUUCUCCAUAAAAGAGACCUACUAUGUAUCAAUCUGUUAAGAUGUAUUGUAUCUGUACAAAUGAGUACUUGUUUCAUCUUCUGAAACUUCAAUUAGCUCUCUUUUGGAUUAUAUCAUAGAUCUCUUCUAGCUGGAGGCUUAUCAUCUAAGAUUUUUCUUAAAACGCCGAAUAUAGUUUUGUAACCAACAGUCUAUGUAACCAACAGAGCUUGCUUUUUGUCCAGUUAUUGUAAAUGACUACAGAAGUUGGUCUGUCAUCAGUCCCAUUUCGGAUAUUAGUGAGCCUGAGAAAAGAGAGAAUAUAUCACAGAACGAUACUCCGAAAGUCAUGGUGAUAAGCACUGUUGUGAUCACUCCUAUCUCCACCAUUCUCGAAAACAACAAAUUCACAAUUUGUUUGUAACAAUGAUGGCAUUUACUGGAAAUUUCUACAAAAACCUGGCCUCCAAAAUGGGGAG